CCAUUUAGGGACAUUUUUCAAUCAUCUUAUCUUUCGAGAUGAAAAGUCCGAACAUCUGUUCGUCUCAUACAGCAGUGUCAGUGUAAUUGCACACCUCCACAGUCAUGUUGAAAUUCGUGUGUUUGUUUCUUGGCAUUGCUUCCACACAAGCAUUCCAUGCAAAGAGGGCAUAUACGUGCGGAAGCAAUGACUACUUCACACAGAACAAUGGCGAAGUGGCCAGUCACAGUGGCUUUGAUGCAGGACAUAACUACGGUAAAAACCUAAACUGUGUCUGGAGAAUCGAAGCUCCAGAGGGCAUGCAUGUGGAGCUAGUGGCCAAGUCCUUCAACGUGGAGGAUGACCCCGCAUGCGCCUUUGAUUACUUGGAGAUUUUUGAUGGAAACACUACAAAUUCACCAAGUCUUGGUAAAUACUGUGGUAAUAUAUUCAACCCAAUCUCAUCUACCCAGCGGUUCCUUACCAUGCAGUUAAUUACUGAUGACAGCACUCAACUUCAGGGAUUCAAGAUAUUCUACAACUUCACCACUCAAGUCAUACAUUCCUGUCAUCACACGCAGUUUGAAUGUGCCAACGGCAAAUGUAUCGACAUUGCGUACAGAUGUGAUAAUGAUGAUGAUUGUGGUGACGACAGUGAUGAGCAAAACUGUCAAGGAGGAACGAAUACUGGCUGUGCUGGAGAUGAGUGGCGAUGUCCUGACAGAACAUGCAUAUCACGUGACUGGCUUUGCGACGGUGACGAUGACUGCGGAGGUAAUGCGGAUGAAUUGCCUUCAAACUGUCUAGGAAGUGCAGCUUCACGCAAUUGUGGAAACCUAAAUAUAACUGGUUCUGCCGGCACAAUCACCAGUCCAGGCUAUCCUUCAACGUACCCAAGUAGUACUCACUGUACCUACUUAGUGCAGGCACCACCAGGAACAAAGACGAUUGCGUUUAAAUUUGAUGAUAAUUUCCACUUAGAGCCGGAUACUACGUGUGAUUUCGACUUUGUGAAAAUCAGUGGUGACGGAAUGGCAUCCUCGCACGGUCCAUUCUGUGGAAACGUUUCUCCAGGCCAGCUGACAGUGCCUGGAGAUCAUGCCUACGUGACCUUCACUUCAGAUGACUCGGACGAGUAUGCAGGUUUCAGAUUGGACUGGAAAGCUAUGCAGUGAUUACAGUCACAGAAAAAAUUGUUAUACUAUUAGAACAGUAAUGAUUCAUAAAAAAGUCUGACCAGUUA